AUGGCACGGAUUACAUUGAUAUUACUUUCGAUCGUUCUACUUCUGAAUGAAAAUCUUCAUGCAUUGCCACCAAUCAAUUUUACUGAUACGAUUUUGACAAAUCGCAUGAUCGAAGCAUUAAACGAAGCACUUCUUGCUCGUGAUGGACAAGAACUAUCGCCAUUUCAACAACUCCGACAACAACUUUAUCAUCAACAACAAGCUGCCGAGCAACAAAAUCAACAUCACAUUUAUCAACCCCAACCGCAAUUAUAUCCUCAAGCAUAUCCAGAACAACAACAACAGCAACAGAAUCAACAGUUUUAUCCACAAUAUCUUUCCGAACAACAGCAACAACAACUCUAUCAACAACAAUUUCUAGAUCAACAAACUUUAAAUCAACAAUUAUUUCAACAACCAGUACCAUUGAGCUCACCUUCUGAGCAACAACUGCCGCAAGCGACUCAGCAAGUUUAUCCUUCUGAGCAAAAGCCGUCACAAUCAGUACAACAAAACUAUGCUCCCGAACAGAAAAUACCACAGUUAGUUCAACCCAACUAUCUUCCCGAACAGGCACAACCGCAGCAAGCUGUUAAUUCAGAUUCUCGAGGUUAUUAUUACCCUUAUCCCUAUCAAAAUAUCAACUGGUACAAUUUCGCUAGUUUAUGGCCAAAUGUUGCUGCUGGUCAAGCCAACGUUGCAGUACCAAGCACUGGCGCAGUUGUCGAAGCAGCUGGUUUAGGUACGAGUGCUGGAUGCCCAGUUGGUUUCUGUCCAAAAGGCGCGACAUGUUCACAACUUUCUGGUCAAUGGCAAUGUGGAUGUAGUACCAAUGAUUGCAUCGGAAUCGCAAAUCCUUGCGGUGUUUUUGGUCAAUAUUAUUUUCCUUAUUAUCCGGAUGCAACACGAUUCAUUCAAUGUGAUCAAACAGGUGUGUUUUGGAUACGUCGCUGCGCUCCUGGUACGAUCUUCGAUCCUAAAAUUAGUGUUUGCAAUUAUCCGCCUGUGGUUGUCGAAACUGGCAAAAAAUAA